CCCAUGUCCAGAGCUCUCUCGCUGUACCGGCGCCUCCUGCGGACGGCGAGAACAUGGGAAGGAGGCGAGGUAGAGCGCUAUUACAUUCGUUCGCAAGCGCGGCUUGAAUUUGAAGCCAAGCGCAGCCUGCGAUCGGCGAUUGAGAUCGGCAACGCCAUCAACGAAGGCGAACAACGCCUAGAGGUCGGCCUCCACUACAAGAACCCGUAUCCGCGGCCGCACUACUCGGACCCAGGAACACUUGGUGGCGAAGCCGAUCUCAAGCGCCAAACCAAGCGCGUGGACCCAAAAGCCAGCCACCGCGCCAAGGUCAGCAAAGGUAAGGCGUUCAAGUGGUAACUCCAAUGCAAACGCUGGCACCUUGGCUUGCCACGCCACUUUGGCAUCGAAAGA